UAUGACGAAUGCAGAGGACAGCUGGAGACUAAGCUUAAAGAUGUUAAAUACUUUYCAACUACCACUGACCUUUGGUCUAGUCUCACAUCUGAGCCAAAUCUGAGCCUCAUUAUGUUGAUGAGGAGUGGGCUYUUCAAAGCACAUGCUUGCAGACAGUGUAUUUUCUGGAGGAUCACACUGCCUAAAUAAUCAGUCGGGGCUGGAGGAUGCACUGGGAUCAUGGGGCCUAAGCGAAGACCGACAGRUGUGCAUCACAACAGAUAAUGGAGCCAAUGUAGUAAAAGCUGUUGCUCUCAAAGGCUGGACUCGGCUGCAGUGUUUCUGUCACCGGCUGCACUCAACUAUAGACCUCCAACAGGAACCGGUCCACAAGAAGCUCUGCAAGCAGGAGAGGAACUCCAGCCUGGACCAGGAGGGACCAGAGCCUCCACAAUUUAAAGACCACGAGGAACCAGAACCUCCACAGUUUGAGGACCAAGAGGAACCAGAACUUCCACAGUUUGAGGACCAAGAGGAACCAGAACUUCCACAGUUUGAGGACCAAGAGGAACCAGAACCUCCACAGUUUGAGGACCAGGAGGAACCAGAACCUCCACAAUUUGAGGAUCAGGAGGAACCAGAACCUCCACAGAUCAAAGUAGAGGAUGAGGAGUUCAGCACCAAUCAGGAGGAAGAUCAGCUCCACCUGAAGCAGGAGACUGAUCCGGUUCUGAUGACUGUUUUAUAUGAAGAAAGUGAACCAGAACCAGACAAGGAGCAGCUCAUCUCUCAGAGUUCUGCUGGACCUGAGGACCAGGAUCAGGAUUCAAGGUCAGAUGAGAAGAUGGAUCACACAGAGGGUCGUCAUGGUAACCAAGUAGGCCAAUCAGCAACAUCUGAGAGGUUGUUUCCUUGUGUAAUCUGUGGAGAAAUGUUUUUAGAGAAAUCACUGCAGAUCCGACAUGUGAAGGUCCACAGAGUCUGGAACCCGAACUGCGGUAAACUGAUGUAUUGUUGUCCCACCUGUGGGAAAAAGUUCGCUGCUUAUAGUCACUUAGUCGACCACGAGAGAACCCACACAGGMGAGAAGCCUUUUUCUUGUAAAGUUUGUGGAAAACGUUUUACAAGGCAGUCAUGUGUAAGUCGUCACAUGCUGAGCCACACAGGAGAGAAACCAUUUUCCUGUGAAAGGUGUGGAAAGAGUUUUAAAAGUCAACCAGAUGUAAAUUCUCACAUGCGAAUCCACGUAGGAGAGAAACCAUUUUCUUGUCAAAUUUGUGGGAAAAGGUUUUACCACAAAAAAUAUGUCAAUCAUCAUAUGAAGAUCCACAUGAGAGAAGCCAUUAUCUUGUAAAACGUGGAAAAUAUUUUCACCAAAAUGACACUCUUACUCAUCACAUGAAAGUUCACAUGGACUGAGCUGAUGUUCUUCUGUCAAAGAUGGAGAAAAGUUUCAUAUUUAGAUAUAAUUUCUAUCGCACUGACAGGUCUAAGAAAGGUGAUGUCACUCUUUUAUGUUAAAUCAAAUUGUAACACUUCAGUGGUUUGUCUAUAUCUGCUGCAGCAGUGUCCUGUGCUAGGCUGCUUCAAAUCCAUUAUUCCUGUUCCUAAGAAGCCACAGAUCAGUGCCCUCAAUGACUACAGGCCUGUGGCUCUGACGUCUGUAGCUAUGAAGUCAUCUGAGCGCCUGGUUCUCCCUCAUCUAAAGACCAUCACUGCCCCCCUGCUGGACCCGCUGUAGUUCGCCUACAGAAGAGAUAACGCUGUUAAMCUGGCCCUUCACUCCAUUUUGCAGCAUCUGGACACCCCAGGAACCUACGCGAGGAUCCUAUUUUUAGCUCUGCAUUCAACACAGUCCUGCCAGAUCUGCUCCAAACCAACGUACCUGACUCCACCUGCAGGUGGAUCACUGACUUCCGGACGGAUCAGAGGCAGUACGUGCCGCUGGGAAAAACUGUUUCAGAGACCUGGUCCCUCAGUAUCAGCUCCCCUCGGGGUUGUGUACUUUCUCCCCUGAUGUCCUGAUGCAUCUCAGUAAUCCAGGUAAAAAAUCAAAAAGAAAAAAAUUGUAUAGGUCUUCUGGAC